GGAUGCGGACGGAAGGACGGGGGAGGGAAGGGAUGAAGGGAAUCGCCGAGAGGAAAGUACAUAGAAUAUGAAUAAAAAGGCAUCGAUAAGAGCGCGCGCUGUGCAAUGUCGAAUAUGAAAGAUUCGUUGAACGGGGUACUUUGCGUGGUAAUAGCUGGUCGGCAAUAGUACUAUGAUUUGGUAUGUGGCCACUUUGAUAGCAAGUGUUUUCAGCACCAGAGGAACGGCCGCUCAAGUUGCCCACGGAGUGAGAGAGGAGCCCCAGUUUGUGACGGCGCGCGCUGGAGAGAGCGUGAUCCUGGGAUGUGACGUGUCCCCUCCCCUGGACGGCCAGCAGCCCCCCUACGUGGUGGAGUGGUUCAAGUUCGGAGUGCCCAUCCCCUUCUUCAUCAGCUUCCGCUUCCACCCUCCUCAUGUCGACCCAGAGUACACCGGUAGAGCCAGCCUGCAUGGGAAGGCGUCUCUUCAGAUCGACCCAGUGCGCUCCGAAGACCAGGGCUGGUACGAGUGUAGGGUCCUCAUGUUGGAGCAGCAGUACAACACCUUCCACAAUGGCAGCUGGGUGCAGCUUACAGUCAAUGCCCCUCCCACUUUUACGACCACGCCCCCACAGUAUGUGGAGGCCAAGGAGGGGGGCAGCACACUGCUGACUUGCUCCGCCCAGGGAAACCCCAAACCCAUGAUCAGCUGGCUGAGGGAGGGGGAGGAGCUUGCAACCAGUGGAAAAUACAAGGUGCAUGAUGGAAGUCUGACGGUGCUGGGGAUCACUCGGGACGACAGGGGGGCGUAUACGUGUCGAGCCUUCAGCGACCAGGGAGAGGUGCUCCACACCACCCGUCUGCUGGUCCAAGGGCCACCGUAUAUUAAGUCACCGCCAGAGAACAUCACUGUCAACAUAUCCCAGAAUGCACGCUUCACCUGUCAAGCAGAGGCGUAUCCAGGCAACCUGACCUACACCUGGUUUUGGGAGGAAGAUAACGUCUACUUCACUAAGAAUGACCUGAAAAACCGAGUACGCAUCCUCAUCGACGGAACCCUCCACAUCUUCCGGGUGAAACCAGAGGAUGCUGGGAAAUACACCUGCAGCCCAAGCAACAGCCUCGGCACUCCACCGUCAGCAUCGGCACAGCUCUCUGUUCAGUACCCUGCUCGUGUGCUCAACAUGCCCUCCAUCAUAUACGUCCCACGGAAACUGCCAGGGAUCAUCCGCUGCCCAGCGGACGCCAACCCGCCAGUGAUAUCAGUGAAGUGGGAGAAAGAUGGCUACCCUCUCAGAGUGGAGAAGUACCCUGGAUGGAGCCAGGCACCAGAUGGGAGUAUCCGGGUGGCGGAGGCCACAGAAGACUCCCUCGGCACCUACACCUGUAUGCCUUUCAACGCCCUGGGUACUAAGGGCCAGUCUGACCCGGCCAUUCUGGUGCUAAAGGAUCCCCCCUACUUUAACGUGAGGCCUGGUGGGGAGUACCGCCAAGAGGCUGGUAGAGAGCUCGUCAUCCCCUGUGCUGCUUCGGGAGACCCUGAGAUACCAACCAUCACCUGGAGGAAGGUGGGGAAGCCCAGCAAGAGUAAGCACAACAUCCUUUCCAGCGGCAGCUUACAGUUCCUGUCCCUCAGCAAGGAGGAUCAUGGGGAAUGGGAGUGUGUGGCCACCAAUGUGGUCACCAGCAUCACUGCCAGCACGCGCCUCCUCGUCAUUGGCACCAGCCCACAUGCUCCAGGCAGCAUUCGUGUGUUGCCCUCGGUGACCUCGGCCAACGUGUCCUGGGAGCCGGGUUAUGACGGAGGCUUUGAUCAGACAUUCUCAGUGUGGUACGGCCCAGUGUUGAAAAAGGAGAAUUUUGGCCCCCAUGACUGGCACUCCAUGCCGGUGUCGGGGUCUCAGACGUGGUUGGUGGUGCCGGGGCUGGAGCCCAGGACAGAGUAUCAGUUCAGCGUCCUGGCACAGAACAAGCUGGGCACAGGCCCUUUCAGCGAGGUUGUGACGGUUAACACAGUAGUGUCUCCCCUGAGUACCCCUGAACCACAGGUGCUUCUUACUCCACCACGGUGCCUCACAGCCAAUCGCACACAGCACGGCGUCCUGCUCACAUGGCUCCCGCCAGCCAAUCACUCCUCGCCGGUCGACCGCUACAUCAUGGAGUUCCGUCUCGGAGAGAGGUGGGAGGUCCUCGACGAUCUAAUCCCUGCCGGUGAGACUGAGCUGAUGGCCAAGGACCUAGUCCAGGAGUCCUGGUAUGAGUUCAGAGUCAUGGCCGUCAUGGAUGACCUCAUCAGUGACAGCAGUAAUGUGGUGGGAGUGUCCAGCACAGAUCCCUUCCCCCCUACGGAGGUGACUGAAGAGGGGUUGGCAAGGCCCGUGGUAGCGGGCGUCGUGGCAACCAUCUGCUUUCUAGCGGCUGCGGUGCUCUUCAGUACUCUAGCAGCCUGCUUCGUCAACAAACAACACCGACGAAAACUCAAACGCAAACCAGACCCUCCCCUGUCUGUAACACACUUCAGGAAAAGCAUUGACUCACCGCUGUCCUCUGGGAAGAUCAGUCCAGAGAGCUCCCCUCCCGCCUCGCGGCCCCAAUCCCUGUCCUCAGAUGGGGCCCAUGGCCCGGGCCUGUACGUCAGGAGGCUGCCAAGCCCUCAGAGAGACCGGGACAAAGAGCUCUCCUUCUACAAGAAAACCAAGCGUGCCAUAGCCAGCAAGAAGUACAGCGUGUCCAAGCACGAGUCAGAGGUCACCAGCCCCAUCGAGCUGAUCAGCCGCGGUCCCGAUGGUCGUUUCAGCAUGGCCAGCCCGCCAUCAGCCCACCGCCGCAUCCACGGCUUCCCAUUCGCCGAGGAGUCCGACAUGUAUCCUGAGUUCCGGCAGUCGGACGAGGAGAAUGACUUUGACCCCGGGCCCCUGCCCCCGAUCAUGGCCACGCUCCGACCACAGCUCUCCCCAACAUCCUCCAGUCUGGAGUCCACGCAGCCCCCCAACUACAGCCCCCGCCUCCACAGGCCCAUGGAAGGUAUGAGCUUUGUGGAGGGCAGUGGGCAUCAUGCUGCAGGGCAGGCCCCAGCCUCCCGCUACAGGGAUUUUCCACAGGUCCCUUUCUAUGGGUAUCUAGGCAGCCGCGGGGAAUCGGGUAUACCACCACCUUUUUACAUGCCUGACAUCAGUCCCCGUAGUUCCACUCUAUCCUCCCCCCCAGGCACUGCUGACGGGGGGCCCUACGGCUAUCCCUCCAUCCCAGAGGAGAGGGAAGAGAUGGAACUCCAUCAUCAGUACACUGCCUCUGGCCAUUCCCUACCACAUACACACAGUACUCCCCCUCGCUCCCCUCGCUCACCUGACAGCUGGCAGCCUCACGAGUUCCCCUUCCUGGGUCUGGAGGGGCCCCACUUCAUUUAUCCACCUCACCACCCCUUACAUCAUCACCAGGACCUUCCCGAUCCUCCACCGUACCCCCCUCUCCACUCUCUCCCCCCCAGCCGCCUGCACCUCCCCAGCCCUCGGCUCCUGCAGCUGGAGGUCCCAAUGGCUCCACAGAGCAGAGACCGACCCCCAGGUCCCCCAGCUAGGCACUUAGCUAUGCAACAGGCCCAGAGUCUCGGCCAGCUCAGACACACGUCCCAUGGUGUGGGUGUACCAGUGUUGCCUUACCCUGACCCGGCAGCCCGUGAAGGGAGCCCAAGCACAGCCCGUAGCAGCAGCCCCCAGUCCUGGCUCAGCCCGAGGUCAGGGCGUAGGACAGACCCCUCCCUGCCCCCGCUGGUCCUCCAGCCCUCCCGCCUCUCCCCCCUCUCCCAGAGCCCUCUUAGCACCCAGCCAGGUUCUCCAGAUAUUCUAGUCCGCCCCCCGCCCCGCCCCAGCAUCCUCCGCACAUCCCACUCUCUGGAGAUGCCUGAGAUCACCCUGCACCCCCAAGCCACUGUCAGUUUCUCCCGAAGGUCCUCCCUGGCCACCUCCCCCACCCAGGGCCAGCAGGGAAGCCGCAGGCCCAGCCCCAGUUACCGUGCCCACAUGUCCUAUGCCUCCACCGCAGCCAGUUAUCCCUCCCAGUCCCCCUCUCCCCCUUUGGAGGGCAGGGAUGUGUUCGGGCAGUGGCCGUCCCAGAGAAGGACAGAGGAGGAGAUGCUGCCCUCAGAGCCCUCCCAGCUCCAGAUAUCCGCCUCAGGGGGACCUCUAGGUGCGUCUUGUGAUCCUGCCGGGUCUGAGAGCUUACAAACACUGCUACACCACUGUAUUACUAAAGCCAAGAGAGUGGCUGCCAACACCAAUAACAACUCCACUUCCAGGAGAAGAACAGGUGUGUCUCCCUCUCAGACCCAGCAGCAAUCCCAGACUACCCCGGCUCACAGAGAAGAUAUCUACCUGCACAGGAAGAGGAAAAGGCAGAACAGGAAGAGCCCGUAUCUCUUUUUGUCCUCCCUCCUGCGCCGCAGCAGACGCUCUGAGGAGGACCAGGCGGCCAUCCUGGCCAGUACAGACUCAGACGGGCCCAACUACGGGACCCUACACUGACCACUGACCAGUAUGUCCACUGCUGUCACUCACAGACAGCCCACGCCAUGGGACGUGACGACAUUGACUCACCAACCUAGAUCUCCCUAUAACUCCCAAACACUGAUGAUGAUAAUCAUAUGAUUAAUUCCAUUUAGCCUUUGGUAGUGGAUAACCUGUCUCUAGCAUUUUUCUAAUAAUUUAAAAACAAAAUAAAGAUGUUUUCCAUGUCUCCCUGAGGAUAAUGUAGUGAGGGUCACCAGAUAAAACAUAUGUAAUGUAAAUAAAUCCAAUAAUGAAAAGGGGGAGAAUCUCUUAUAUUGUAGGAAAGUGCAUUGAUCUAAAUAAUUCACAACACCUUAAAAGUCACUGGUCAGGAGGAGUCUAUCUGAGGUGUUACAGUGACGCCGUGGACUAUAAAACCUGGUGCGUUCCUUAAACAAGGACCUAGGUCUACCUUUCCUACAAUUCAAAUAGUGUCAGUAUCUAACACAGGGUUCUUAUCACAAAAUAUACCUCAGAGUAAGCGUAGAAUUGCUGUAAUUCUAGUGGUAUAUACUGUACGUAUUUUACAUUAUUUUUCAAAUGAAAUAAAUGGUGUAUAUAGUAUCAUACACUUCCCAUAUGAAAUGGAUGCUAUGGCCUGAAAUCUGAUUUUGAUCCGCAUUUAAUAUCGAUCCCAAUCUGCAUAUUUUGCUUAAUCCCAAAAUAAUAUUAUCAUCCAAUACAAGGCGUGAUAUGAUAUUGGUACAUUUCAAACCACUAAAAGACAUAUCCUCACUCUCUUGCAUGUUGGCUCAAAGCCUUUAACCAUGUGAUCACAUCCAGUAAAGUUGAGCCUAUGUUCUUCUUGCUAAGACAUACAGUAACCUUGUGUUCAAAAGAGGCCAAAUAUACACUUGAUAGGGUGAGGACAGAAAAGGGGUGAGGAAAUGUGAUGUCUAUACAGUGUUUUUCAUUCAUAUGGAGGAAACCUCGAGUCACUUGUGGAAUAUGGCACAUCUCUAGGUGCCUUGUUUGCCUUUUCUCUCUUGUUUUUGAAAAGUGAAUUAACUGCCUUUUCCUUCGCCUUCACACAUUCUCUCUCUCUCUCUGUGUUGGGACUCAUUAUAAACUCCAGUCUGACCUGGUGCAGACUCAACUUUUUCUGCCAAGGACACUUAGCUGUGAGGAAGUGGUACUGAAGGUGCAUUACUCUGAUUCUUUUAUAAAAAAAAUAUCUUGACUGUGUAUAUUCUACUAAUAGAACAGACCUAUAAUAACAAUUAGUGAUUAUGAUAAGUGUUAUUCAUUUCAGGUUUCAAAUUGUGGUAAUGUUAUAACAUAGAUUUUUUUAAAAAUCACAAUUAAAUCAACAUUUAAUUGUAAAUGGUACAGAAGUAGUUAUUAUGCAGAAAGUGAAACUUGCCAUUGAUGUUCAUAUUUCAAAACAACUGUAAUACUUAAUACUGUAUUGAAAGAUCUGAUUGCUGUUGAUUUAUUAUGCGAUUUUAACCAAUGGGCUUGUUAGAUGACAAGUGACAACAUUUGUGUUACAAUAACUAAGGUGAAACUCAAGGUGGGGUGGCUGUCUCGACUCUCGACUGUUUAUCUCUCUAACAACGGUAUAAUAUUACCUGCUAGCUAUUUCUCUGUAUGUUUAUUCAUUUUAACACUAACCGAUAAUGAAUGUAUGUUUUGCUGUACAGGAAAUGAAUGUCCUGAUGUCACAGUACAAUGGAUGACCUUUCACAUGUGGUGGUAUUAAGUGUAUGUUUAAUUGGCUAGUUGGCACAAUAGAUUGAUUUGAUUUAUCUCAAGGUGCUAGCUGGUUAGCCAAGGAAGAAUGCUUUCCUUUACACUGAUGGUUACUGUUUAGCAUUUUCUUCUCACCCUGUAGACUAGGCCGUCAUUGAAAACUAGGCCGUCAUUGAAAAUAAGAAUUUGUUCUUAACUGACUUGCCUAGUUAAAUAAAGGUAAAAUAAAUCAAUAAAAGACUAGACCUAUUAGAGAGCUUUACGCUUACACACUGACAAGAUGAAUCACUGGAAGACAUUGAUGUUUUAAACCCAUUUGUCUGACUUGGAGUCACUUUUAUCUCUACUGAUAGCAAUUCAGGAGUUGCACUAGCCAUAACAACUCUCUGAAUGUAUGUUAAUUAAUACCCUCUCUGCUUACUAUAGAAUACAAUUCAGUGAUCAAAUCAUCAACUUUAUCUGCCCUCUUCACUCACUUUCCAACAUAUUUUCUUUUGAAUUAGUGAAAUAGUUGUUUGAAAUUGAUACAUCAACAUGCAUAUUCUAAGAAUUGGUUAUAUGUAAGAUAUGAGGAAAAUCUAUAUUUAUAAUGUAUACAUGGUGUGUACUGUAUUUGUAAAGAUGAAACUAAACAGAACGAUUUUCUGUCCAUGUCAAUUAUGCUUGAGGACAAAACUCUAGAUGCAGAUUUAAAGCAAAUGGUAUUAGAUGUGAUGAAAGUAUUUGCUUUAAGGUAUGAAGUGGACAAUAUUUAUAAAACAUCUUAAGGUGCCUCUUUUGUCAUAUUUUCGGAGACAUUGUUUUACAUUUAUGGAGAAGUAAAUGUUAGCACAGAACAAAUGUGUUACUGUCAUUUGGGUCUGUUGGCUGCACAAGUUCAGUAGUAUUUCUUCUGUUGUAUAGUAUGUGAAUGAAUACCAAUUUGAAAAGCUUUAGAAGCAUCAACGUGCUGUCGCUGGACUAAACCUUAUCUGGAACAGAAAACAACGUCUCUUUUCUCACGAGCACACAGGUAGAUUCACUUAUGAUCACUUGCCUUCAGAUGUCCCAAGUAUGAGAAACAAAAGAGAGGCCACAUUUUUCAUUGAGCCACAAACAAUGUCAUAGUUAUGGGGUACUGUAUGUGCUGCAACCGAAGUCGUGUUUACAUUAGCUAGAGAUGACGUACGUGAUACUAGGACGUAGUUGCUUUCAACAUUAUGACUUGGUGCUAUGUUUAACUCUGUGGUGCUGUAGAUCAGAGGCCUAAUCUCUUGAAGUCCUCUGUGUUUUACUAACUCAACUAGUUCCAUCGUUGUAGGUCCUAUUAGUAAACUAGUGUGAUUGGCAAUGAGCAAAUUGUAUUGAUUGUGGAAUCAGAUAGCGGCAAUAGAUAGUGUGGUGACAUUCAAAAAAUACAUCAAAGAGAACAAUGUAGCAAUGGAACAAUAGUUAGUUUCCGUCUCUGUUACAUCCUCUGUCUGUGCUUCCAGGGUACCCUCUCCAAAGUGUUGUACUUGUGUUGAAGGGGAGAUAUAAUAUCCAGAUUAGAUGGGGAAACCUACUUUGUGUGAAGUUAUUGAUCAGUACUUUGGAUCAGUAUUAAAUAUGUAACAGCAGACAGGGGAGGGAAUCUGAGCCCAUGGUCAGGGCAUGAGAAGGUUGUUCUACACUACACACUUCCUACAGGUCAAAACUAUUUUUGAUUGACAGCACUGUUUUCAAGCACACUACUGCAGGGGCAUAACCUUCUUAUGUGAUAUCUCUCCACUAUUGUUGCAAAGUCUCCUAUUGGGGGACAGUAUUGUACAGUAUAGCCAAUAAGAGUGUUCAUCAAACAGUGUUUGUAUUUAAGCUGAUUCUUCUCAUAUGUUUUGGUAAAGCUGAUUCUUCUCGUAUGUUUUGGAAAAGGUAUUUCUGACACAUUCUCCAUGUAGAAUUUUACUAAUGUAUGUAGUCUUCCGGGCUCUUUUGCUUAAAAAAAACUUAGUAUGUAAGAGGGCUACUUUGGAGGUACAGAUUUAGGAUCUUAAUUUGAGCCAGUUUGCUACUGCAGGAAAAUAAACCAGCAAGAGAAAACGUGAAUUAUUAUAAUGAUUAUAUUUCAUGGACAUUUUUUAGGGGUUGCAAAAAUGUUCUUAAAGAGAAAAUAAAGUCUGAAAUAUCAAAGUGGAAAUUACAAACUUCAGAAGCCUUUUUAAACCUCAAAUAUACUACAAGUCUGAAAUAUCCUGCAUUGAAGGAAAGUUCUCCUGCAACAGGGCGAUCAAAUUAAGAUCCUGUUCUGUUAGAUCGGCUUUUGUUUUGUGUUUUUCUGCCCUAAUGCUUUUAGUGCAGGAGCUGGUAUGAUUAUACUUAGAGCAAAUUUGAUUUAACUAUAUUUAUCUUGCAUGUAGAGACAAUACAAAAAGCCUAUUCAGCAAUCAGUCAUAAACGUUCAACCUGGUUGUGAUCAGACAGAAAAUGGAAUAUGUAGAAUUUUCUAUGUUCUCUGUUUUUCCAUGUGUACCAUCACUGAGGAAAUAGAAUGUAUUAUUACAGUACAAUAAGCGCUACAUCUUUGACUGUUUUAACUAAUCCUCCUUAUCCUCAAGCCAGUAGUGGUUAAAGGAAGAAUAUGUAGUCAUGUCAUAGCAUAUUUCAUCCUUUGAGCCGUGUGCGUGCUGUAUAUCACACGUUUCUAUAUUUUAUGUUGACGUCUUCUGCGCAUAAUCUGUUUCAAUAUGCCUUUUUAACUGAAACAAUUGAUUGAUAUCAGACUGUUCAUGUGUAAAUAUUCCGAAGCAAAAACAUAAAAUAACUUUUACUUUUUGUCUGUUUUAGAAUGAUAACCUGCUGAUAAUUUGGAGCUUCAUCAUUCAGUUCUUUUGGAUUGACAUCAGGAAUUAUUUUCCACUUAACUUUUAUUUGAGCAAUUAACUCAUCUACUGUAUGGUGCUGUACCAAAGCCUUAUGUAAAAUACUAGUCUGUGUUGAUUUUCUCUUUUGCCACUGUUGUCCAGGGAAUUCAAUAUUGCCUGGGAUCACAUGUUACUCUCUUCAUGUUCAACUGCCAUGGAACGUUGUUCUUCAGAAUAAACCCUGAUACCACCAGUGGCUUCUAGAUGAUAGGUGACAGAAGCGUAUGACCUAUGGCAUAGGCUCAAGACAAAGUGACAGGUUUAUUAAAAAAGGCAUUGGCAAAUUUUUUGUAACAUUGGCUCAUGAGCGGUUUGACAUAGACAUACAGCAUGUUCUAUGAUGAUCCAUGGCAUGUCCAUGAGAGGUGGAAAGCAGCGUUGCGUUCAUGUCCAUCAUAUGUCCAUUUCCAACGCUUAGUCCAAUGUAAUAUUUUCCUCUCAAAUUUUUGUAUUUUGAUAUAAUAAAAAUCUAAAACGUG